AUGAAUCUUGUCGCAUGGAUACUUGUGCUCCUCCUCCUCCUCCUCCAGCCACACAUUCAUGGAUCGCUUCUCGAGAACACCGAAACGAUUCUCAUGAGGUUUCUAGAAAACGAGACGAGUUUCGACGCGUUCGUCAACAAAUUCAAAAUCUCCGACGGUACGUACGUUGGGUGUGUGCACAUUCGUUUCGAUUUUUCCAAAACAUCCAGAAGACAACCUCUGUCUGAGCUCGCUUCAAAACGUGGGAAGCGUGGCGGCGAACUUUCUCGCCAACUGCACUCUGACCGACGAGAAGUGCACGGAACCGAAUUGGGCAGUCCGUCUUCUCGACGCGCUGCCCACGAAACCGCCCGGACUCUCGCGAAAAGGACCGUUCUUCUUUAUUGGCGACUUUGAGGUUUGCAAGGAUUUGUGGACGGUCGACGAGAUGCAAGUGCACUAUUGUACGGUCAAGGGGAUGGUGCAGGUGGGCGGCGGGCAGAGGAUGUCGCCGAUCAGCGCAGGUUAGUCUCGCAUCUUUGAUGAUGUUCGCCAGUCUGUCACUCUUUUUCAGGUCUUUGCAUCCCAUCAACUUGUAAGGACACUCACUUGAACCGCCUUCUUCUUCUCGUCAAAGAGUACGUGUUCAAUCAGACGAUCCACGUGGAAUCGAUCUAUUGUGCCGACGGAACGGACGACGAAUGGAGUGUCAAAAAGGUUUUUAUUUUGUGCUUUAUGAAUCUACAACCUAUUGAACAGUGAGGAGAAGCCGAUUGACAAUACUGAAAAUUACAAUUUCAGCCAUACGUCCUGUUCGUCUUCUUCUCCAUUCUCGCACUUUUGGUCGUCGGCACACUUGUGGAGAAGAUGAAUCGAGAAGGCGUGAUCCGGAGAAGUCGGACGAAGAUGAGAAGGUUGAUGAACAGGAGUAAGUCUUUCCAUAAACAUCACCACAACGCACGGCGGGACCAAAAACGUAGAAAGGGGCGUGCACGGUUUAUCACCAUUGUGGCGCGAAAUUCGAAAUUUAACCCCAUUUUUCAUGUUUUUCGUCAAUAAUUACCCAAAUUUUGUACGAUUUCGACGAUGUAAUUGCAUAAUUUUGUUAAGCUAAUCAUCGCGCACUUUUUGAGCUUAAAACGAGCAGGUUUCAUUCAGAAAUGAAUCAAUUGAAUCGAUUUUCAAGUUUUGUGUUGAAAAUGCGCGAAUUUCAGUCAUUCGCCGAGACUUUUUGUCGUUUGAACGCUUAAAAUACUCGAAUUAACGUGCUUCAUCACUUCCGACACUCACUUCGUCUCAAAAUUAUCCAGAUCGGGCGGUAUGAAAAUUCCGAAAUUGCGGCGGCGAUUGGCCGCGGAGAGCGUAUUGCGAAAUAUGCCAAAAACGUCUCAAACGCGGCGUUUUCACGAAAAUUUCAAUGUUUUUUCUCUUUAAUGUCAUCUUUCGUCGAUAUCAAACACAAAAAUAUCGGAAAAGUGCUGGAAUUGCGGCAAUUCGCGCAUUUUCAGCACAAAACUUGAAAAUCGAUUAAAUUGAUUCAUUUCUGAAUGAAACCUGCUCGUUUUAAGCUCAAAAAGUGCGCGAUGAUUAACGUUUAACAAAGUUAUGCAAUUAUACCGUAUAAUUUAUACGUCGUCGAAACCCGUACAAAAUUUGGGUAAUUUUUGACGAAAAACAUGUGAAAAAUGGGGUUAAAUUUCGAAUUUCGCGCAAAAAUGGUGAUACACGACCCUUUCUACAAACCGACCGUUUACAGAGUCGUUCUCCCCGACGCGCUCCGAAUCGCCGUGCGCGAACCGUUCAGACCGAACCUCCUGCGGCCAGGACACUGAGGACGACUCGUCGGUGGCCAACUCGUCGCUCCGUCGCUCAUUUGCCCCGUCCAUCGCGCUCACCUACCGUAACCUCUCGUCGAUCUUCGUCUCCAACUCGCUUCUCGUCGACAUUCUCGCGGCGUUCUCGGUCCGCUCCUCGCUGAACCACCUCUUCCGCAACUCGACGCGCGAAGUGAAACUAGUGAACUUGUUGCGAGUCACCAGCUCCUUCUGGGUCAUCUUCUCGCACACGUGUCUCUUCUCGCUGCACUUCACCGACACGGUGCGGAGUGUCGCCGAGAAUCGGGGAAAGAGUGCGCGCGGAUGGAAGAGCUUCAUGAUGAACUCCUCGUUGGCCGUCGACACGUUCCUGUUUCUGUCGGCGUGUGUCGCCAGUUACUCGACGCGGAAACGACUGCUUUUCAGGUACAGGCCAGAGUUGAGCGGAAGAACUCACGGAAGAAUUUUUAUCUUUUUUAGAAAAUUUUUUCAUGGAAUGUGAUCAACUGACGAAAUGUAUAACAAAGUGAACUGUGCUCAUAGAAAAAUAAUUGUAAAUUUAGCGUUUCAUACAAAAAAGUUAUUCGAGUUGUUCCGUGAAAAAAGGAGGGCUAACGGAAGACGGAAGGAAUAACUUUUUUGUAUGAAAAGCUAAAUUUACAAAUAUUUUUCUAUGAGCAGAGUUCACUUGCUUGCUCACAUUUCAUGAAAAAAUUUUCUAAAAAAUAUAAAAAUUCUUCCGUGUUCUUUCGUUGAGUUCUUCCGCUCAACUCCGGUACAGGCCCUGGAAAAUGUCGUAAUUUUUCCUUUUUUGUUGCCUUUCAGAGGCUCCGACUCCUUCUCGAUCCGUCGAUUCUUGUCUCUUCUCGGCCACCGCUGCUUCCGUCUCUUGCCUGCCCUCUGUCUCUAUCUCACGUUCAUCGGUGUUGUCUACAAUCAUCUGGCUGAUGGUCCCUUCUGGAACACUAACGGUACGUCUCUCGGAGGGGAAACUUGUGACCUCAAGCACGUGUCUCUUAGGAAUGUUCGGCACGGACUGCAACGCGUCGACCCUCUGGCCGCACUUCUCCUUCCUCGCCAACUUCUUCCCGUCGACGUGUGUUCCGUGGCUCUGGUACAUUUCGCUGGAUUUCCAACUCUACCUCCUCCUCCUCCCACUUCUCUUCUUCUUCCUCUCGAAAUUCCGUUUCGGAUGGCUACCCGUCGUCUUUUUGUGCUUCACCUCGUUGACGUACAGGAGUUUGGCCUACGCCUGGUACACGUGAGUCGGAAGUUUGAGUCUGUAACGGGAAAAUUGACAAUGUUCAGAUUGCCGGCGAACAUGUUCGUCGAAAUGUUGUCGGGAAAGUUUGAGAAGGCCGAAAUGUCGUUUAGACUGUUGUACACGUCGCCGGUGUCUAGAGCUCCACCGUUUUUGAUAGGUAUGUACAUGCCCUGCCAAACUAUAGAAUUCUACUAAACAUCGCGCGCACUGUCUCGCCAACAGCUAAUGCUAAAUUGAGCGCCGCGUUAAAACGGAGUGUCGUUGAAAUUUCUGGAUUUUUUUUCCGAAAACCCGAAAUUUCAUCCGAAAAUGAGAAAAAUGAAGUAAAGCAGAAAAUUUCCGAAUUGUUAAUGACAGCUGUGACAAAAAAAUAAAUAAAUUCGCGUUUUGCCCACACGAAAGCGCGCAUUAUUACACUUUUCUGUGAAUUUCAGUCCGUGUCCUCAAAAACUGAAAUUUCUUAGCCAUUUUUGCAUUUUAUGAGCCGUCUCUGUGCUCAAAAUGACCGCCUUUGUCUGCUGAACAAUCGUGAGGCAACUGUUUUUCGAUUCUGUCAACUGUUUUCUCAAAACUUCCGAAAGUUCGCGUUUUCUCAAGCCAAAUUUAAAAAACGAAAUUAUUCUUCGAAUUUUCACUUUUACACGAGCACUCUGCGAUCAUUUUUUAGCUAUCGGUCAUAUGAACAAAUGUGAGGCAAAAGUUUUGAAGGAAAAGUGUGCAUAAUCCGCAAAACUCGGGAAAACAUCGUUUUCAGUUGAAAAAACGUAUCCCGUAAAUCGACACUGAGAGCCGCGCGAAAAUUUUUUUUCGCCGAAGGGGGAGACAGUGUGCAUCGAUAUAAUUUCAGGAAUCCUAACCGGCUGGUACAUUUGCCAGCCGCGUUUCUUCGGUUCAAUCCGUUCGUCCGUCUCUAUCGCCCUCAAACUGCUCGCCAUCGCCCUUUUGAUAUUCUCGCUCUUCGGACCCUUCUCCUCCUCGGACUAUCUGAUCUACCCGCACGCGGUCAUCCAUCGGACCGUCUGGGCCCUCGGAUUGGCCAUUCUCGUCACGAUGGCUCAGAUCGGUCACAACUUUGGCGUCUUCAAAGUGUUCAGCGGACGUCGUCUCGUCGUUUUGUCAAGGUUUGCAAGUUUUCGGGCUUCAGUACUUUUGAGAGUGGUCGUACGCAAAAGUUGUCAACUAGAAAAUUCAAGUGCUAGGUGUGAAGUUUUCACCCAAAAAAUUUUUGGAACUAGAGCACUUUUUAAAACUGUGAGGUGUCCAUGCAAAAUUGACAAUUUUUAAAACUUUUUUUCAAUCGAUUUGCAGACUCUCAUUCGGAGUGUACUUGUCGCAUGAGCCGAUUCUCUUGUAUUAUUUGAACACUCUGCGCCAACCGAUGUCGCCCUCCUCGUUCGCCGAUUUCUUCUUCAUCGCCCUCUCCGUCUACAUUCUCUCGCUCGCCUGUGCAUUCUUCAUCGCCAUCGCCGUCGGUACGUCGUUUCAAUUUGCAAUAUUCAUUCAGUUCACCAACGUUAAAAAGUUCAGAAGUGCCUCUUUUGACGCUCGAACGAAAAAUCUUCAUGACAAUCCGAAAAGCGGGCGGAGAAGUGGUCAAAGAGCGAAUGGAACGGCACGUUUCGUUUGGCGACACUGAAAUUGAGUGGGUUUUGUCUCGUUUCCCUAGAGAAAAUCACUUUUUAGGACAUUUGAAAAGACGGAAGACGAUGCGAUGGAUCCACACGAGAAAACGAGACAAUGGAUCGAGAAAGAGAAGCUCAACUUGAUUGCCGAGGAAGUGCACAGCCCGUCGAAAAUUGAGGAAAACGCGAAAACAUCGACAGAAUGCUAA